AUGAAUAUUAUUGCUUACAGUGUUUUUCUUAAAAUGGUACCUAUUGAUAAUAACUUACCUGCAUCACGUGUGCAAAAUUUUCGAGCUCGUUAUGAUCAUCCAACGGAUGCAAUUUACAUUCAAUGGUCAUAUCCAGAUGAAAGACAAAAUGAUAUUCAACCACAUUUUUUGGUUCGUUAUCGAAUUACCAAUCGUCCUGAUGGUUCAGCUGAAUUUGAUUGGAAAUAUUCAUUAGUUGGCAAAGAAUUAGAAGCAAGAUUGGAUUUAGAUGAAGUACGAAAUGGUGAUGAACUUCAAGCACAGGUUCGUGCUGAGCGUUCUGAUGGGACAAUUUUAGAAGAUUGGUCACAAUCAUUGCUAAUUUCAAUUUCUAAACGUGUUCUCAUUGAUGGUAUACCGGCAGCAGAUGAUGAUUUAUUACCACCACUUGAUUUUCAAGCUCAUAUAUUAAGUACAUCAAUGGUACGCUUAGAAUGGAUUUCACCUUUUAAAAUUUUAUCAAAUGCUCCACUGAAUCAUUAUUAUAUUGUAAAUGUAAAACAGUUAACAUCAUCAGAUAAUGCACCAUUACUUCGACAACAGGUCAAAGUUCAUGCGAAUAGUUUUACAUUGGAUAAUUUAAAACCUGGUCAACGAUAUGAAUUAACAAUACGAACUGCUUCAAGUUCAGAACGUGUUUCCAGUGUUGCAGCAAUUGUUGAAAUUACAAUGCCAAGUGAAGAUGAAUAUUUCGAGGUGGGUAAUCUUAUCAUUAGUUCAUAUUUCAAAUCAACUGAUCAAGGUAUUGUUAAUUUGACCUGGGAUGUACCAACACACAAACAAAAUCAAAUUAAAGCAUACAAUGUGCAAUAUUCGGAGGUUGGUACAGAAGAAUGGCAUCAAUUACAAUUCAAUAAUUCAAAUCCAUCAGCGAGUUUAACAAACUUAAAAAGUGAUACGGAAUAUUUGUUAAAAAUUCAAACACAUCUUGUUAAUAAUCUAACAACUGAAAGUGGACAGUUUAGAUUUCGAACACCAAUUGUUGUAAGAAAUCCAAUUAAAAAAGUUGAUGUAAUUUAUACGCAUGAAAUUGAUGGUGUACGAUUACAAUGGACAUUAGAAAAUUUUUUGCCUGCAAAUGUUAUUGAUGGUUAUGAUGUUUAUCUGUCCGAUAAUCCGGAUCUUCCGGAUGCUGAAUGGUUAUACUAUCCGGUAAGUGCAACAUCUCAACAGCAAUCAAAUGAUUUCGUUGCAAGUGGUGCUAAUUCACUUACGUUACGUGAUUUACAAUCUGGUCACGCAUAUUAUGUACGAAUAAAUGUUCGUAAGAAGGAUGGUGAAAUAAUACGAGCAUCAAGUAUUUAUCGUUUUAAAACAAUGGAGCGUACUGAAUUUCGUGAACAUCGACAAGGAAAUGCAUUAUCAUAUCGUUUGUUAUCACCUGGACGAGUUCAAAUUGCAUGGACAUAUCCUAGUUUUAUUUUACCUUAUGUGACAGGUUCUUCAAUUAUGUAUGCAGAAAGUAAUGAUUUACCAAUAAAUCAAUGGAAACGUAUUAUCUUAGCUGAUCCACGACAGAAUUCUAUUGUGCUUGAACAAUUGAAGCCAAAUUCACGCUAUUUUAUUCGUAUUUUACCUCAAAUUAACAACACUUUUCAUGAUAGCAAUAUUAUUGAUACAUUUGAAAUUAGAACUGGAAUUGAAAAUCAUAUGCAAUUCUCUAAUCCCAAUGACAUUCAAUCAUCAAUAUUACAACAACAUGAAAAACACCAAAAUGAAAAUAUGAUGACAAAAUUGGAAAAUGAAAAAUUAAUAUUGAAUGCAUGUAAUCCAGAUUCUAUUAAGAAUGAAUGUUUAUGGAAUGAGCGUUGUAUACCAAUACUUGAAGGUCAUUUUCGUGGUUUAUGUAUUCCAGCAUCAUUACGUCAUGCAAUUAUCAAUAAUUAA